CUCUAUUCCUAAUCAGCACCAGUCUCUCAUUUCUGGAUCAAAGUCAUUCGUUUUCUUUGCAUCCCUCACAACAACGACAAAACCUACAAGCCUAAAGUCUUCCAUAUCGAUAUUAAAUAUUUCUUGAGUCCUAUCUUUUGAAAGCCACACGCUCACUACCGUUUUGAACUUUGCUUCAACAUGAAGUCCGUCACCUUUGCUCUCCUGGCUGCGGCCGGCGUGGAGCGGGUUACUGCCACCUAUAACCUUGGCAACUCGUGGACCGGUGCCAAACCCUUCAGCUGCCCCAGCAACACCAACAACAACCACUGUACCGAGCAGCAGCACCAUGGCUGGGACUGGAGUGACGUCCCCACUGGUCCUAUCGGCCACUACAGCGGCUGCGAAUUCAAGGGCUGGAGCUGCGAGAACGACUUCGGCAAGCGUGAUAGCCUCCUGAGCGCUCGUACCUUUGGCUCUACCGGCCGCUCCAUCUCUGGCCAGUGCACGGGUGACAAGACCACCACUCCUUGCAUCUACGCCAGCGGCGACAAGGAGCACUUCUCCAUCGACACCUUCUCCGUCACCACCGAGUUUGACACUCGCCUCGAGUUCCACUACGACAUGCCCGACGGCUCAACCUGCAAGCACUCUGCCGACUGCUCGUCCCACGGAACGACGGUGAAGAACAACCAGUGCGGUGGUGCCAAGUCGGUCUGCGUCGUCUACCCUGGCGGCGGCAACAAGCCCAGCACUCCCAGCAAGCCCAACAAGCCCAGCACUCCCAGCAAGCCCAACAAGCCCAGCAAGCCCAGCAAGUCCACUUGCGGUGCCAAGGUUCACCACAUCGGCUGGAACUGCGACAACAACUCUCCCCCCUCCGGCGGCAACCCUGGCAAGCCCGGUAAGCCUGGUAAGCCCGGCAAGCCUGGCAACACCCGGCCUCCUUACACUCCCCCGGAGACCACCCAGCCCGGCGGCUCUGUGCCUUCCAACACCUACACUGCCCCUGCUGAGACCUUGACUGUUCCCGCGGGCGAGACCACUUACACGGUUGGCGCUACCACCUACUCCAUCCCUGCUGGCGAGACCACCUACACUGUUCCCGGCUCGACCUUCACGGUCCCCGCUGGCGAGACCACCUACACUGUUCCCGCCGUUGAGACGACCUUUACUGCUCCUCCUGCCACCUACACCGUCCCUGCUGGAGAGACUACCUACACCGUCGACACCACCACCUACACUGUUCCUGCUGGCGAGACGACCUACACUGUCCCCGGCACCACCUACACUGUUCCUGGUGAGGCCACGACCUACACUAUCCCCGCCGGCGCCACGACCUACACUGCUCCUGCUGAGACUGUCACUGCCCCUGCUGGCGAGACCACUGCCACUGUCCCUGCUGGCGAGACCUCAACCGUCCCCGCUGACAGCGCUGAGACUACCACUGGACCCGCGGUUGCUGCCACCACCACUGCUCCGGCUGCGGGCGAGACGACCACUGACGUUGUCGUGAGCACCUCCAUCAUCCCUGGAGGCGAGACCACCACUGCCCCUGCUGCCGGUGAGACCACCACUGCCCCCGCUGCCGGUGAGACUACCGUUCCUCCCGCUGGCGAGACGACCACUGCUCCCGCUGCUGGCGAGACCACCGUCCCUCCUGCCGCCGAGACCACUGCUGCUCCCUCCACCACCGGCGGCUCUGAUGCUGCCACCACCGGCCCCGACUCGGUCAUCACCACCACCUACCAGACCACCUCCACCGUCUUCACCACCACGGUCCACACCAUCACCAGCUGCGCUCCCGAGGUGACCAACUGCCCGGCCAGGCCUGACCAGCCCGUCCUGACCACCGUGACCGUUGCCGUCAGCACCACCGUCUGCCCCGUCACUGCCACCAUCACCCCGGCUCCCCCGGCUCCCACUGCCACCGGUUCCACCCCCUCGGGCCCCGGAUCUCAGCCCGGCUCUUCUGCCCCCGGCUCCGACUCCGAUGCGCCUCUUCCCUGCCCCGAGGUCCUGCCCAGAUGUCUCAACACCUGGCUGACGCUGGUUCCCCACUGCGAUGGCAACGCCGAUGCUUCCUGCUACUGCCCCAGCAAGGACCUCGUCGAGAAGGUCUUCGAGUGCGUCUACUCCAACGGAGACAACGACGAUGACGUUGCGGCCGCCAUCACCUUCUUCCAGGGCAUCUGCGCUGGCGAUGCCGGCUCCAACCCUGCCAUUGUCACCGGUGCCGAGACCAUCACCUCCAUCAUCACCGUCACCAGCACGCCCGUUGUCGCCCCGACUGACUACACCACCAUCGUCGUGGCCACCUCGGUCACCCAGCCCGUCGUCUCCGAGGGCACCACCAUCCCCGGCAGCAGCACCACCUACUGGGUCUCGACGGCCGUCACCAUCCCCCAGGUCUCCAUCACUGCUGCGCCCGCUCCCCCCGCGCCCACUGGUGCUGCCCCGACUGCCCCUGCCGAGGCUCCUGCUCCCGCCCCGACCGUGGCUGUUCCUCCUCCUGCCGGCCCCAUUGGCACCGCCACCGGCACUGGUGUCCUUCCCGGCGGCACUGGCAUCCCCGUCAUUGGUGCUGCUGGCCGCGUUGGCGCUGGCAUGAGCCUUGGUCUCGCCAUCAUCGGCGCUGUCUUUGCCCUGUAAAGCAGCCUCCGAGCAAGCGAUGCCCUUUGG